AGGCACUUGGCCCAAGAGGGUGCCCCUUCACGCGCCGGCAGCAGGCGCAUGUGUCCGGGCCAAGCCGAUGGCGUCCUUCUUCGACAAGCUCAUUGCGCGCGUGAAGGCUGCAGACUCGCUGUUGUGUGUCGGGCUAGAUCCGCACAGGUCGGAGCUGCAGGAGGACUCGGCAGAGGGCGCCCUCGAGUUCUGCAGGCGGCUCAUCGAGGAGACCAAGGAGGUGGCCGCCGCGUACAAGCCCAACGCCGCGUUUUUCGAGGCCUACGGGAGCCCGGGCGCUGUGGCGCUGGAGCGGGUGCUGGAGCUGAUCCCGAAGGACAUCCCGGUCGUGCUGGACGCCAAGCGAGGCGACAUCGGGACGACCAGCGAGGCCUACGCGCAGGGCGCCUUCUCCACCCUCGGCUGCGACUGCGUGACGGUCAGCCCGUACCUCGGGGGCGACGGGGUGCCCCACCCGGGGGGGGGCGAGCACGCCGAGGGCGGAGGAGGGGGAGGAGGAGGGGGAGGAGGAUUAGGUUAG